GAAGCAGCAGCAGCAGCAGCAGCAGCAGCAGCGAUCGAUUGUUCUUACACUCGGCUUUUGCGGGCUGGUUUUGGGUGAUCGGUUGUGCGCCGCUCAGCUUUUGAUCCUUGGUUGGUCCGGGGCGAAGGAAAAGGACAUGGCAGGGAAGCGCGCGAGCUUCGAGGUCCGGAUGAGACCCGCGGCGGGUGGGUGAACGAGUCUCCUCCCUCCCUUCUCUCGCAGGCCACCCGCCGUGACGAAGCCCCCGCAAGACUUAAUCCCCGAUCGUGGUUCGUGUUUAGUUGCCGAGCCGUGGAAGAAAUGAUCCGAUGAAGUGUCUUUGAGCAUGUGCAGAGUGACUUUUUGAAAAAAUUAAAAGGGGAGGGGGGCAGGAUCCUAAGACAAUAGAUCUUCUUUUAGUUGACUUUGAGCAUGAUCCAUCCGAAGUUAAGCAUUUUAGGAGUGCCGUGGAUUGACUGAUUUCAGUAGCAAAAGUAUAGAUCCUCGUGCAAUGUCCUCUUUUACAAGGGAGCAAGAUGCCGUGCUCAGUGGGGUGACUUACUUACGGGUAGCUGUUCGGACUUAACUCCGCCAUUGAACUCAAUGGGCCGUGAGGAAUGCAUAACUUUGGAUCAUGGUCAUACUUAACUAAGAGAAGGAUAUAGCUUUGGAGUUAGCUGCACAGCUCUUCUCCAGAGUGGAUGGUCAAUAAAAAAAUUAAAUUUUUAGCAUAGGCCGGAUGCCAAGCCCUGAUUACUCUUGACUGGAGUAAAAAAAUAAAAGCAACGGAAGAAAGGAAUGUUAGUUUAAUAUUCUAGCUGCUAUCAGGUAUGUUGAGGGUCCAGAAUGACCAGUAGAAGCUCUUAGGAGUGCUUUUCUCCCAACCAUUAACUUUCUGUAAGAAAAUUUAAGAGGCUGUGGAAAGUGGCAUGCUUGGCAGCUUCUAGAGAGCCAGUGUGGUGGAGUGGUUAAGAGCGGUGGACUCGUAAUCUGGGGAACCGGGUUCCCGUCUCCGCUCUUCCACCUGCAGUUGCUGGGUGACCUUGGGCCAGUCACACUUCUUUGAAGUCUCUCAGCCCCACUCACCUCACAGAGUGUUUGUUGUGGGGGAGGAAGGGAAAGGAGAAUGUUAGCCGCUUUGAGACUCCUUAAAGGGAGUGAAAGGUGGGAUAUCAAAUCCAAACUCUAGUUCUGGGUUGGGGUGGGGUUCCUGCUUGAAACUGUGAUGAAAUGACAGCUUUCUGAAAACGGUGGGAGAAUGGUGUAGAAGCUUCCGCUCAUUGGACAACUGAUUUAAGGUCCUUGCCUGGCAGCAGUGGUUAUAUUGUUUGCCUCCAUCUUCUAUCCUCUACCUGAAUAUUUGGGAACAAACCAAAUAUUUAAAAAACGGCACUGGUCUCCAGCAAUCUCUUCUCCAAAAGAAAGCUAAAGCAGGGAUCAUUGCCCAUGAAACUUCUAUCUGCUUUCCUUGGAAUGUCCAGCUGAUGUGUGUGUAACUUUAUUUGCUUGCUGCAUUUUCAACAAUAUUGUCCUUGUAUUCGGUUUAUGCUUUGGUGUAGUAGCUGAGAGUGCUUUACUUACAUUAAAUCAGAGAUGGGAAACCUGUUGCCCUGUAGAGUAGAUGAUGUUGGCUUCCCAUCAGCCUCAGCCAGCCGAGCCAUUAGUGAGGGAUGAUGGGAGCCAUAAUCCAGCAACAUCUGGAAGGUCACAAUUUCCCCAUCCCUGCAUUAAAGGAUAUUGCUUUAAAUACCUGCAUUAUGCUUUCAAGUACAGUGGUACCUCGGGUUAAGUACUUAAUUCGUUCCGGAGGUCCGUUCUUAACCUGAAGCACCACUUUAGCUAAUGGGGCCUCCUGUUGCUGCUGUGCCACCGGAGCACGAUUUCUGUUCUCAUCCUGAAGCAAAGUUCUUAACCUGAAGCACUAUUUCAGGGUUAGCGGAGUCUGUAACCUGAAGCGUCUGUAACCCGAGGUACCACUGUACAGUACUUCACAUACAGUCAUCUAGCUAUUCUAGUAACAAUCCUUAGGUAGCCCAGUAAGGUAACUCAGUAUCAUCUUCACCCACUUUGCAGGAGGGAAGGACUGAGCUGAGAAAGAGAGGAAGAGCCUGUGGCUCAGGGGCAGAGCCGCUGCUUUACAUGCAUAUGCUCCUGGGUUCAAUCCUCAGCAUCUCCCCAGUCUGAAACCCUUGAAAGCCACUGCCCGUCAGUGUAGACAUUACUGAACUAGAUGCACCAAUGGUCUGAUUCAGUAUAAGGCAGCUUCUUAUGUUGCUGUGAGAGUAGGCAGCCACCUAAUGAUUUCAUGGCAGAGGCAAGAUUCAACCUGGGGGUUGCCUGAUUUGUAGCUUAGGCUGUAGUUCUGUACACACAUACCUAGAGGUAAGUCUCACUGAACUUCUGCAUAGGAUAGGCUAGCUGAUCCAAUAAUAAUAAUAAUAAUAAUAAUAAUAAUAAUAGAUAAACUUUAUUUGCAUUAGCCAACGGCAAUAGCAACAUAAAACAAGCAAUAUAUACAAUUAAAAAGACAACAGUGGGUAAAAAAUCUGAUCCUAUAUCAGAUUAUGUCUGUCUCUCAGCUACUACAUUAGGACUUAAAAUAUUACCGUAUUUUUUGCUCUAUAAGACUCACUUUUUCCCUCUUAAAAAGUAAAGGGAAAUGUGUGUGCAUCUUAUGGAGCAAAUGCAGGCUGCGCAGCUAUCCCAGAAGCCAGAACAGCAAGACGGAUUGCUGCUUUCAUUGCGCAGCGAUUCCUCUUGCUGUUCUGGCUUCUGAGAUUCAGAAUAUUUUUUUUCUUGUUUUCCUCCUCCAAAAACUAGGUGCGUCUUGUGGUCUGGCACGUCUUAUAGAGCGAAAAAUACGGUACAUUUAAAACCCAGCCAUACCUGGUUAAAAAAGAAGAAGAAUGCAGACAAGCUUAGCUGAUGUAUGCAGUUGUCAUCAUCUAUAGACCUUAAGGUCAGUAUUAGAAAUUAGCCAGGCGUGUCUUGCAACUGGUGCAGGUCCAAUUGCGACCACAUGGAGAUCUCUGGAUGCCAGGUUGGCGACUGACAUCUCCAUCUGGCUGGCCCCUCCACCUUUCUUGAGCAGGUAAGCAGAACAGCUUCUUUAUUGCAUUUAUAGCUUGCCUUUUUCUCCAAGGAGUACGUGGUUCACCCACCUCCUCAGUCAAUCCCUACAACAACCCUGUGAGGUAGGUUAAGAGGCUGUGACUGACCCUAGGUCACCCGGUGACCUUUAUGACUAAGCUGGGAUUUGAACCCUGGUCUCCCAGCUCCUAUUCCGACUUAGAUGUCACUUAGAGGAGGAUCUGAAAUAUUUUCCUUGAAGCUUGAAUUUGUUUUAUUCUGUAUUGCUUGAUUUGAUAUUUCGGUGUGUUGUAAACAGCUUUGAGAUUUUUUUCUUUAAAAUAUAAAUUGAUAUGAAAUGAAGAAUAAUAAUAACAAAUUUCAUUGGGGGGAUGGUGCCUAGACAUUCCGCUGUGGCAACCGUAACCCAUGUUUAAGGCGCCAUUUGGCGCUGAGCUUAUAUGUCUGAGUUUCUUAAGGGGCUUUUGUGAAAAGUAAUAUUUUGCCUUCUAAAUCACCGCAGGGUUGGGCUGAGAGCAUCCUCUCCAGGAAGCCGCAGUUGUGAAGACAUUGCUUCUCUGCAUAUCGAUUUUGAUCUCCAGUGGAAGGGACUUUCAGCAGGGUCUUCCUGCUGGUCUUUGCCCCUGCUUGGGCUCCUAAUAAAAGGUAUUUUUUUGUUGUUGUGGCCAGUGUGAUGUUUGGGUCUGCGGGGCCAUCUAAAACAAAAACCCACAAUGGAGGUCCUUAUGAGCAGCUGUGAGGAACGAGCCCAAGGUCUAAAUGUUUGCGGAAUAUAGCUUUACUGCAGUGGUAGAACUUCCUGGAUCAUAUUGAUUGCCUAAGUGCAGUGAGAGCGAGGAAGAGGGAAAACUUGAGUUUCCUGGCAGGAGAACUGUUCUUUGGCUGCUGGCCUAUUCUCAGUCUUCUGGGCUUGGCAGUGGAGCUGUCUAGCGAGGUCUGUGGCUUGACAGCCAAUGUACUGAACAGCAAGGAAGCUGUCUAAUGAUGCCAGUCAGGGUUAUCAAAAGCCUGAAGACUGACGCUGAAGAGCAAGUGAGCUGCUUACCAGGUUGCUGGGAGAAAAGGAUAUGUUAAAUCUGGGGACAAUAGACAUGUAUAUUUGGGGGCAGUUUUAUAAAACUGCCACCCAGCUGAUCCCCAAAAUAGGGUCACACUACCUCUUUAGUGCAGUGCGCAGGGACUUGCCGAGCAGGCGGCUUGGUUCGGGGGUGGCUCGUGGGCCGGUUAAACAACCCCCGUGGGCCGUUUAUGGCCCAUGGGCCUUAGGUUGCCUACCCCUGAUCUAAAGUGAGUCAAGUGGAACUGAAAAUGUGACCAGUGAGAAGGAACCAGCAUGAGGGUCAGAAAGGCGAUUGGGUAAAAUGAGAGAGCUUCUAGGGAUUGGGCAGGUAGUCAAAUCAAGGAUGUCUCAUCUGGAAGUAAACCUGGGGGAAUGGCCUUCCUGAAUGGAUUUACCUAUUGAGAACACUGAGUAUGGCGUGACGCUAUCUGACUCAUCUUGCUAGUGUCGUUCUGUCUAGUAUAUGUAUGUAUUUGCAGUUUCAUAGCAUUCAGAGUUGAUUGUAAAGAGCUUGUCUCUGGAGACUAAAGCAGGACUUCAGGACUUCAAAACCCCACCCCUGGCACUUUUUGUAAUCAAUUCUCCCAUUACCAUUACUGCAACAUAGCUCCCUCAGGAGGAGUUAAAUUUUUGGAUCUUCAGGACUGAGUAAAGCUCAGGACUGGCUUAUGCUGCACUUAAUGAAGUUAUAAGACCACAAAGUCAGGGUGUCUGCGUCCAGAUCUGGGGUGUAGGGUGGAUCCUGUGGGGCUCUUGGGGUCCCCUGAUUCUACAGGUUCUCUGGAUGGAGCAUCUCUGAAUUACGAUCUUGGAGGGAAGGGGGUUGUUCCUCAUGGCAUCAUGUCUCCCCCCUGACCAGGAAUACACUGGGAGCUGUGGGAGGGUCUUCUCCGAUAUGGAGGUUGCAAGAAUGCGCCAGCAGAACCUUGAUAUAAAGUCUGGUUGGUGCAUCCUGAGACAUCUUCCUCUUCUGUGCUUCUCCCUCCUUGCUCUUACCCUGGCAUAAGCCACAGGCUUCCUGGUUUUACUUGCAGCAGAAUGGCAGAAUGAAUAACAAUUGGCAACUUCAAAGAGAUCUUUAUCUGGGCGCUUCCUCUGAACUGGGGCGAAUUCCACUUCAUUAUUUAUGGGAAGGCUGGGGCAGAUCAAGGGAUUAUUGAUCUGAAAGGUGUUAAGAGAGCUAAGAUGUCUCUGAAUUUGCUGGCAGAGGCAGCAAGAAAGAGGAGGCCUAAGAAGGCUUCCCAGGACAUACAAUUUUUCUCUACACUUUUCAUGACAGAUAACCCUACUCCCUCAACUACAGGCAACUAUGAGAGGUGUAUCUAAGGUGUUAGUUUGGAAACACUGGCAAUUCAUCUUUUUGAGCCCCAUCUCUGCGCUCCCAAGAAAACUUUCAUUGGAGGACGUGAAAGUUUGGAGAGGAGUCUCUGAUGCCAAAAGAGAAAGAUAAUCUUGCAGGCGAGGGACAACCAGCCACCCACACUCCUGCUGCUUGAACCACGCUAGCUCACAUUUUGCUGUAGGGGUUUUCCAAGAUGGCCGCCGUCUUGUACCAGGCAGGUCCUUGCCUGGUUAUGUUAGGGUCCUGAAGUCUCGCUGCUUGCCCUGCCUCUCUCAGUUCUGUGGCCUCUGUCUCUCCAGCAGCCAUGGAGGAGGCCAGCACUGUGGAGGAAGGUGAAGUCACCUCGGGGAUGCAGUCCUUGGCAGUGGAAGAUGAGCCUGCCUCAGAGCUACCUCCGACCACCGAGGAACAAGAUGACGCAGCCGGGGAGAGAGAUGGGGAGCAGUCGGCGAAGGGAGACGAAUCGGCCGAGGAGGAUUGGUGCGUCCCCUGCAGCGAUGAGGAACUGGAGUCCCCAGACAGCUGGAUGCCUCCCCCUGAGGAGAUCCGGCGCCUCUAUGAGCUCAUUGCUGCCCAGGGGACCCUAGAGAUCCAGGCAGAGAUCCUACCCCGGCGCAACCCUACCCCAGAGCCUGACAGCGAAGAUGAGGAUAAAUCUGAUGGGCAGCUGGAGAACCAGGAAGAAGAGGAGGAAGAGAAGUGAGAGCGCAUGUGUUUCUUUUUGCGGGGAGAAGGGUAAUAUUUGACUUGAAAAGGGAGUUUGGGGAAGGAUCCAAAAUCUGAGAUGGUGCUGGUGACAGGAAAGGAGGGAGGGGCUACAGGCUCUGGUGCUGGGCAGAUUCCCAUUUUUCUCUCUUUGCUGCAGGCCCCACGUGCCAACGGAGUUUGACUUUGAUGAUGAGCCUGCCUCCCCCAAGAGCUCCUUGAUCAAUCGUCGAAGAACUCCUGGUAUGUUGAAAACGAAAGCCACCCGCCCACCCUGGCUGUAUUGUGAUGACUGGAUUUCUCCCUAAACACACACACUUUUCAGAGAAUCCUGGAGUCAUGCUUGAUUGUCCUUGUUCUCUUUUGAAGAGCCUCAUUUGCAACCUCAAGAUUUAGAUCAUGCUCUCAUGCACCCUGUUCUGACUUACUUCUGUCACAAUUCUGAUACCCCUCUAUCAAACCAAGAGGUAGGGAAUCUUCCUCCCACUUCAACUGGGGACCAUUGGCCCACCCACCAAUCCACCCCCACCUCAAAAAAGUUAGGGUCGCCUCUCCUUCUUGUAGUGCUUUGAAAGUUUGGAUCAGGCCUGCUGACAUCUGACCUUCGAAGGUUGUCUGUCAGCUGGCCUGAAUGCGCUUUCAAAAGGGUCCCUCUCUGAAAAGGAAGUCAGCCUCUCACUUGGGGAAAGCUUUGAAGGUGCUCACAAGGCCCAGCUGUCAGGCAAUCUGAUCCACAAAUAUAAAGCUCUCUUCAGGCAUGCUGGAAGAAAUGCCACAAUGCUCUGGAUCCAGCUCACAGGCUACAGAUUCUCCAUCCCUAUUUAAAUACCAGGACUCCAGGAUAUUGCUCUGAGAAUCCUGCCUGAAGUCCCUUACGUCUGCCCAAGAGGUUUAACAUGUGAGACUCCCCUACAAAAGUUAAGGCAAAUUGGCUGACAGUUUUCUGUUGUCCAGACCUGGUGUAGGGAGAACCAGUGACCCUCCAGAUUUUGCUGGAGUACAACUCCCAUCAGCCCCAUCAAGCAUGGCCAGUGGCCAGGGAUGAUGGGAGCUGUAGUUCAGCAGCAUCUGGAGGGCCAAAGGUUCUCCACACCUGGUCUAGACAGGAACCUAAGAAAGGGAGAAGGGCAUGGACAGGAAGACCUACAUAGCAUGCUUACAUAUUUAUUGGAUAAAAUUUAUACACCACUUAAUUAGAGAGAAAAAACCUUAAAACUGUUUACAAAAUACUUUAAAGUUCCUCAAAGAAGAGAUAGGGAAACUUUAAACCUAUGCAAAAUGUAGGGACAUGUAGACCCUCUUACUGCUGUGAAAACAGUGUAGAUUUGGAUCUAGUUAGGGAAGAACAAGGGAUGCGGGUGGCGCUGUGGUCUAAACCACUGAGCCUAGGGCUUGCCGAUCGGAAGGUUGGUGGUUCGAGGCCCAAUGAUGGGGUGAGCUCCCGUUGCUCGGUCCCUGCUCCUGCCCACCUAGCAGUUCGAAAGCACAUCAAAGUGCAAGUAGAUAAAUGGGUACCGCUUCGGUGGGAAGGUAAACGGUGUUUCUGUGCGCUGCUCUGGUUUCACCAGAAGCGGCUUAGUCAUGCUGGCCACAUGACCCGGAAAAAACUGUCUGUGGACAAACGCUGGCUCCAUCAGCCUGUAAAGCGAGAUGAGCGCCACAACCCCAGAGUCGUUCGCGGCUGGACUUAACUGUCGGGUCCCUUUACCUUUACGGAAGAAUAAUGGUUUCCUGGCACCUUGCAUUUGAAGCCUACCUCUCCUUUUUAAAAAACCUGGACCCAACUUAUACUUCCCACUGAAUCCACAGAUCCUAACUGGUGUUUAUUUUAUUUUCAGGGUCCUCAGCUAAGAGCCAGAAGAGGGAGGCUCGCAUGGACAAGGUGCUGUCAGAUAUGAAGCGCCACAAAGUCUUAGAGGAACAGAUAAUGAAGACGGGCCGAGACCUCUUUGACCUUGACUCAGAUGACGUACCCACUCCAAAACGGCCACCAGGUCUCUUCCUGCGCCAGCGCAAAUACUGAGUGCAGUGGAGGCGACGGGACCUUUUUAAAUCCUUUCAGGCCAAGUGGAACUGUGGACUCGUGGGUUCAUUGCGAGGGGAAGGAAAUUGCUGGACGGACCCAUUGGGUCAGACAAUGGACUUUGGUUUGCAUCUUGCACUGACUGGCAGGAAGCACUUGCUUUGGGUUAUUUGAGUGUAAAUAAAAGCUAGUGAGUUUGUUUUUACUUCUUAAA